AUGAAAGGAAAUGUGUGCUUCUUGCAAGUCUAUAAAUUGAGCGACAUCUACCGCUGUUCAGACAAGUUCUUCAGCACAACAAUCAGGUCAUUCACCACUCUCCUUGCAAUCCCCACUCUUCUUUUCUCUGCGGCUACGGUCCAAGCCUAUCUGCCUGCCGAACAGAUUGAUGUCCAGUCCAGUCUUCUCAGUGAACCCAGCAAGGUCGCCGGAAAGACCUAUGAUUACAUUAUUGCUGGUGGUGGUUUGACUGGCCUUACUGUUGCCGCCAAACUGACAGAAAACCCCAAGAUCAAAGUCCUGGUUAUUGAAAAGGGCUUCUAUGAGUCCAACGAUGGAGCCAUCAUCGAGGAUCCAAACGCUUACGGACAAAUCUUCGGCACCACUGUUGACCAGAACUACCUCACCGUUCCCCUGAUCAACAACCGCACGAACAAUAUCAAGGCCGGCAAGGGUCUUGGAGGAUCAACCUUGAUAAACGGUGACUCCUGGACUCGCCCGGACAAAAUCCAGAUUGAUUCCUGGGAGAAGGUCUUUGGCAUGGAAGGCUGGAAUUGGGACAAUAUGUUCGAGUACAUGAAGAAGGCCGAGGCUGCACGUCCCCCUACUGAUGCUCAACUUGCCGCCGGUCACUACUUCGAUGCUACCUGCCAUGGAACCAACGGUACUGUUCGCUCCGGAGCCCGUGACAACGGUAAGCCUUGGUCUCCUCUUAUGAAGGCCCUUAUGAACACCGUCUCAGCCCUUGGUGUCCCCGUCCAGCAAGACUUUCUCUGCGGUCAUCCUCGAGGUGUCUCUAUGAUCAUGAACAAUGUCGAUGAAAACCAAGUUCGUGCUGAUGCUGCCCGUGCAUGGCUGCUUCCCAACUACCAGCGCUCCAACUUGGAGAUCCUUACUGGCCAGAUGGUUGGAAAGGUUCUGUUUAAACAGACCGCAUCCGGUCCCAAGGCUGUUGGUGUGAACUUCGGUACUAAUAAGGUCGUGAACUUUGACGUCUUUGCUAAGCAUGAGGUCCUUUUGGCUGCUGGCUCAGCUAUCUCUCCGCUGAUCUUGGAAUAUUCUGGCAUAGGUUUGAAGUCUGUUCUUGAUCAGGCCAAUAUCACUCAGCUUCUUGACCUUCCUGUUGGUAUCAAUAUGCAAGACCAGACCACAACCACUGUCAGUUCCCGGGCUAGUGUCGCUGGUGCUGGCCAGGGUCAGGCCGUCUUCUUCGCCAAUUUCACUGAAACCUUCGGUGACUACGCCCCCCAGGCCAGAGAGUUACUCAACACCAAGCUCGACCAAUGGGCUGAGGAGACCGUUGCGCGCGGUGGUUUCCAUAAUGUAACUGCUCUCAAAGUUCAAUAUGAAAACUAUCGUAACUGGCUCCUUGACGAAGACGUUGCCUUCGCCGAGCUUUUCAUGGACACCGAGGGCAAGAUCAACUUCGACUUAUGGGAUCUCAUCCCUUUCACUCGUGGUUCCGUCCAUAUCCUCAGUAGCGACCCUUACCUAUGGCAAUUCGCCAACGACCCCAAAUUCUUUCUGAACGAGUUUGACCUCCUUGGUCAGGCCGCUGCUUCCAAGCUUGCUCAUGAUCUUUCCAGCCAAGGUGCUAUGAAGGAGUACUUCGCCGGAGAGACUCUUCCAGGAUACAACUUGGCCGAGAAUGCUACUCUUUCCCAGUGGUCGGCUUAUGUCUUACAGAACUUCCGUCCCAACUGGCAUGCUGUGAGCAGCUGUUCUAUGAUGUCUAGAGAGCUUGGUGGUGUUGUUGAUGCUACUGCCAAGGUGUACGGUACGCAGGGCCUACGUGUCAUUGACGGCUCUAUUCCUCCGACUCAGGUGUCUUCUCAUGUUAUGACCAUUUUCUACGGAAUGGCUUUGAAGGUCGCUGAUGCCAUUCUGGACGACUAUGCCAAAAGUGCCUAGAGGUGCUAUGGAUAGCGGUUCGUCAGCGAAUCUGCUAGAGUUAAAAUCUCCGACUUUUUCUCCUCGCUCAUACAAUGUUAGAUU